AUGGUCCUACUUAACAGCUCCAUGAAUAUGUGGCGGACAGUGUGCAUGUACGUUGUGCUCCUGGCUGUGACACAGAGCUAUGGCACAUCAGCCUUUCGAGGACUUGAUUUUGCAGGCUUCAAAGGGCCCAAUUUUGCUCCCGAUGACUUUCCUGAUUCAAAUUUGCAACAGUCAAGUUUUAGUAACCGCCUGAGAGAUAUAGAGGAACGUUUUGAUGCCGUGACCAGCAUGGAGAGCCGACUGGAUGAUAUUGAGCAACGGCUAGAAGAAUCAAAGACUAAUGAUACAGAUGCCAAGGAGAUUAAGACAAAGAUGGAGACGAUGGAGGGGGAGCUGGAGACCGUACAGGACACGUUGUCAGCUCUCAGUGCAGUCGCCAACAACGUUGAAAAAAUUCAGGCAACAGUGGCUGCUUCUUCAGUUAAAAAUGAACAGGACAAGCAGUCACUGGUCGGGACGUUAGCGACAACACGCGGCAGAGUUGCAGCUAUUGAAGCAGAGGUCGUAGAAAUGAAGUCGAAACUCAAUACUAAUGAAGGGAACUUUCAGAAACUAAAUACAGGUUUGAACAGAGGAGACAGGACACACGAUGUCCCACAGCAACGAGGCAAGUAA